CUCUGUGCGCUGGGCUGAGCGCGGCCUUCACCUGCUGUCCAGGAAGCCGCCGAGUCUCUCUCUCCCACAGACAGUAACCCAGUAAAAUGGCCCAGAGCACUCUGAGAGGGAAACGAAGUGUUCCCCUCACUACCUCCAAUGUACUGGCAGUAGUGAGGGAGGUGAAGAGGUGGUGGGGUGGAUGGGGAGUGGUCAUUGACACAAUGGCUCUACAUACCUGAAUCAAAGCAGAAAGAGAUCACGGCCAACUUCCCAGAUGAGAUGGAUCAAAAGCAGCAGGCUAUAUCCUACUGGAUCAACACCGACCCUCUAGCCAGCUGGAGGAGACUCAUUAUUGCCCUGGACUGGAUGGGAGAAACAGAGCUGGCCGACUCUAUAAGAUCCAAUGCUGAACCUCUCACUGAUGACAGCCUCACUCCACACUCUGUAGCACGUGCUGUGGCUACUGUGAGACAGUUCUGGGGUAUAGGUUAGAGAUCGGGCUACUGCGUUUUACUUGGUGUUCCCGAGUCAGUGAUGAAUCAGAUCAGAGACAGUAGAUCAUACUCAAGUGAAGAAGAGAAGAGAGUGGCUGGUCUGCAGUACUGCCUCCAGACUGUACCUGGUGUGUCGUGGGGGAGGAUAGCUGGUGUGUUAUGGUUCAUGGAGGAGCACACGGCCCUGGAGACUGUCAGACAAUACCUACCACACACACAUGAUAUCAGCCUCACUCUCUCCAACCUGACGUCAGCUCUGGACUCAUUACCUGACAUACUGUGGAGGGCCUUUGGUCUGGAGAUGGAUGUGCCAUGGUCAAUACUGGUUAAGAUACAGUCUCAGUUGUCCAGUGAUAAGGAGAGGAAAGCUGAAGUGCUCAGAGUGAUUUCCACUGAACAUCCUCACCUGACAUGGGAGUAUGUGUCAGAUAUCCUCUACCGGCUGGGAGAUGGAGAGUAUCACCAUGUUCUAGAGAGAGUGCAGUCCCUAUUCCCAACUGGUGAGCAUCUCUCUCAUCUUCUCUUUCUCCACUUACCAACUUUUGCCCUCUAUCUUUUGUCAACACAUGUAUGCAUGUAACAAUAGACCAUGUAAUGCCAAGAGAAAAA